CAACGACACGAAAGGCAUGGAAAAUGCGUCAGAUGCGAUUCGAUCACUCGCAGUCAAAGUCUACGAUAUUCUGGCGGUGAACAGCAGCACGGUGUACCCUGUGGUGGCCUACGACCACGACAACCCGUCGUUCGUCGUGUCCAGCCUGGUCUGUAGCAUACUGAUGAUCAUCGUCGGCACUAUUGGCCUGUUCAGCAAUUCAUUCAUCAUUUACGUCUUCUCGCGCACCUACCCCGCUUCUUCGAUGAACAUCUUGAUCAUCGGCCUUGCGGUCGCCGAUACGGUGCUGGUGGUGUCGGCGACGCCUGUCUAUUCGCUGCUGGCGUUGUACGCCGACCAGCCACCACAGCACGUGGUCAUUAUCCUCAACUACCUGAUCGUGUCGCUGUACCCGCUGUCGAUGAUGUCCCAGUGCGCAUCGGUCUGGAUGUUGGUGGUGAUCACGGCCGAACGCUUCAUAGCCGUCUGCUACCCGCUGGCCGCCCGACGCAUCUGCACCGGCAGACGCGCCGUGAUGGCGCUGCUGUUCGUCGCCGUGCUGUCCGUA